AUGUUUGGAGAUACAUUUGAAACAGUGGAGGAGUUAUUGAAUCCAACAAUUACUAAUUAUCAAACAAGAAUGGCCAGAAAUUGUGCAGAUUAUAUGGAGCUGCCAGAGCUUCCAAGACUGAAACAUUUUGCAGGUCUAAAAAAUUAAGGUGCCACAUGCUACUUGAACAGCUUAAUACAAUCCUUUUAUAUGUGUCCUGAGUUUAGAAAAGUCAUUCUGUCACUGCCAUUAUGCAAAGAAACAAUUGAGGACUCAUCUAACUUGGCUAAGAAUGAGAGCAGAAAUAGAUUCCUAUUGGAAUUUUAAAAGCUAUUUAUUUAAUUGCAGAGUUUGUAAUCUAAAGCGACAUCAACAGAAGCCCUAACUUCAAGUUUUGGUUGGAAUGAAGGUCAGCAAAUGUGGCAACAAGAUGUGUCGGAUGCAAAUAAAGUACUAUUUGAGACCCUUGAUCGAUCUUUAUAUGGCACUCCUUAUAUAAUUGCACCAUUUUACAAGGGAGUGGUAUUUCAUCAUAUAACAUGUUUGAAUUGCAAGAAUUCUCAUGGAAAUGAAGAAAUCAUGUAUGACUUGAACAUUUAAGUGGAAGGCAAUAAAAAUUUAUCUGAAGGAUUAUUCAGUUACAUCAAUCCUUUUUUGUUGGAUGGUAACAAUUAGUAUUUUUGUGAUCUUUGCGGCAUUAAGGUAGAUGCAUUGAAAGGGGACAAGAUCAGAAAAUUGCCACCUAUCUUGACUGUGACUUUGAAUAGAUACACAUUUGAUUAUGAGAAGAUGCAAAGAGUGAAAUUAAAUGAUAGAUUUGAGUUUCCUUUGGAGAUCGAGAUGGGAGUAUAUUUGGAAAAUCCAGUCGAUAAUUUAGUCUAUGAAUUAUAAGGGGUAAUAAUUCAUAGAGGGAAUGCUCAUGGAGGACAUUAUUUUGCUUACUUUAGAGAUCUAUUGGAUGAAGGAGAUUGGCUAUCUCACAUUCCAGAAUAUUGGUAAGAAAAGGAAGAGAUCUAAUAGUAAUAAAAGAAACAGAACGCAGAUGAAAUUGACUAUGAUGAAGUGAAAUUGCCAUUCGAGAUUAGCAAUCCUAAAGUUGCCCAAGGAUGGUACGAUUUUAAUGAUAGCUCUGUUAUUCCCAUUCCUGUCAAUAAGAUAUAAUAACAAUAUCAGGGUUCAGAGAGUGCCUACAUUCUGAUUUAUAGAGAUAGGAAUUUAGUACCAUCCAAAUUAUCAAAUGAGGAAAUACCUAAAUAUUUAUUUGAUUAUGUGAACAAAUUAAAUGAAAAGAUUGAGUAGGACAGAUAAGCAUAUGAGGAAGCCAAACAACACAUUAUUAUCUCAGUAGCAGAUGCCUCAGUUGUUGAUAUAUAAGAUCAUAAAUUACUUAAUGAGAAGUAUGAGAAGGGGACAUACAAAUUAAAAUUGUCAACAACAGUCAAAUAGUUGUAUGAAUAAAUUAAUAAGGAUGAAUAUUGGUUAUUGGAAUUUUAAGAAAAUUAUUAAACUAAGUUAUUGCAUUUCCCAAGAUAUUUGAAGAAUUUAGAAAGUACAUUAGAAGAAGAGAAAGUUGGACACGAAUCUACUUGGAUAUUGGUAAAGAAAGACUAAGACAUCCCUUAGGUGGGAUAGCAGAAAGUGCCUUACCGUCUUAAUUUUAUCAUUAACAAGCAACCCUAAUCUUUUCUAUUGUAUACCUCUACAACGUUGUUGGAAUUAAAAUAAUUAGUAUUCGCUCUCUCUGGAAUUCCUGAAAACGAAUAAGAAUUAAGAAAUACUCAGAAUUAGAAAGUAGUAUCAGAAUUGGCUGAUGAAACAUAAUUAGGAGAAAUGUAAUUAACUUUGGAGACUUAAAUCUUGGUUAAAAAGAAGAAUCAGGUUUAGACUGCUAGUAAGAACCAGAAGGAUUAAAACUAAUAAUUAGGAGAGGAAAUUAUAUCAAUUCUGGUUGAAUAGGAUGAUAAAGUUGGAGUUUCAAAAUUUUAUGUGAAUAUCAAUUAGACUAUCUAGGAAUUGAUAGAAUUUAUUAAAGAGUAAUUUGGAUUGACAGAAGCUCAUCGAUUAAGAAACCUCAAUGGAAAGAUUCUAUUCUGUAAAUCAGACCUUUCAGUAUAAUUAAAGGAAUUCUAAGAUUUUAGAGAAGGGGGAGCGAGAUUGCAAAUCGAAAAGGGAGAAGUUCCUGAAACUGGAAAGAUUUCAAUUGUGGUUUAAUAUAAAGAGUAGAAUUUUGAAAUACAUGUUGACCCUAGGUAAGAUAAGAUUGAACAGAUCAAACUUGAAUCUUGUAAAUCUUUUAAUUUAGAUCCUGCUUAACACAGACUCUAUAAGGUAGAUUGGUUACAAGUACCUUCUGAAGGAUUGACUGAUGAGGCAAAAACAAUUUCUUAAUGUUAUCUAAGAGAUAGGGAUUUAAUCAUACUAUGUGAAAGGACAGCAUAAAUUGAUUGUGAAUUGAUAAGAUUUUAGCUCUAUUCAACAACUACUGGCUAUCCUGAUGAUUGCGUCUUUUAAAAGCACGAAACCAUGAGAAAGGAUGCCACUGUGAAUGACUUGAAAUAAAUGAUUAUUUCUAGUUUUGGAUUGAAUGUCAAUAUUGAUCAAUUGAGAGUCAGAGACAUCAAUAAAAACAGAUUCUUUGGAUAAGUGUUUAGAAAAUUAGAAUUACCUCUAUAGAAAAUUUAAUUCUCCACUAAUGAUAUUGUGUAUUAGGUAUUAGAAAAUCCAGAGAAUCUACAAGAGGAUGAAAUGCUAUUAUUAAUAAAGGAGAGAGACCCCAUAAAUAAAGUAUAUAUCAAACCAUAAGAAUUUGUCUUUAAGGUAUCCAAAACUCCGACUCUUUUGGAAUUGAAAGAUUAAAUUUCAAAGUUUGUGGGAAUUUAAGAAGGAACUUAAUUAGAAUUAGCUAAAUUUGUAAUCUACGAAUUUUAAUGGUUGCAUAUAGAUCCUGAUGUUAUAGAGAAAUAACUAUAGGGUAAAGGUAAAUAGGGUAACUAAGGAAAUUAAAAUAAUAAGAAAAAAGGUUAAUAGGGUAAGAAUUAAUAAUAAUAAUAACAAUAACAAUAAUAAAAUCCUUGCUAAAAUUUAAGAAAAAAUCCAAUCAACUUAAGUGAAGGAGACUUUAUUGGGUACAGAUUAGGUGAUCAUCCUAAAGAUGACUUCCAAACAAAAGAAGAUAAUGAGCUCAGGGAAAGAAUGAUCGCUGCUCGUAAAAAUAAGCAUAAUGCCUUGGGACCAAUGAGGCGACAGCAGGAAUAAGGAUUUGCUGUAGCUAUUGAAUGA